GAACUUUAAAUUCUCCGAAAUAACCCCACUCACACACUAACAUAGUUACUGACAGUGCCAGAGAGAGAAAGACGUGUGAAGUGUGAGUGAAGAAGCUCUUGAUGUUUUCUCUUGCAACCUCUGAAUCUGAUUUAAAACAUUGCAUUGUGCUAUAGCAUGCAGCCUGCAACUCAUCCACGACCAUGACCAUGAGAACUCCCCUUGACGGCUGCUUUGUAGAGUCCAACUGCUGCUGUGCUGCUAUAGCAUCCUAUCAAUAACCUUGGGUAGGCUUCAGUUGUGCUAUUUAACAGUGUAGGGCACUGCGUGUUUACGAAAUAAUAAGUUUGUAUAAUUACUGUAAUUAAUAUCAGUAUGGGUGAGGAAGAACCAGCGAAUGAAGUUUCCAAGACUGAUUCAAAUGGAAAGAGCUUGCAGGAGAAAACUUUGGAUGAAACUACUGAGAAAAAGGACUUGGAAACUGAUGGAGGAAAAGUCUUGGAGAACAAUGGAAUCAAAGAGAAUAUUGUAAAAGAAAUUGAAGAUAAGAAAGCUGAUGGUGUGGAAAAGGUAGAAGAGGACAAGAAAAUUGUUGUUGUGAAAGAAGCAAAAGAGGAUAAGAAAGAAGAUGGGGUGAAAGAAGCUAAAGAGGAUAAGAUAGAAGAAGGGGUGGAAGAAGUAAAAAAGGAUAACAAAGAAGAUGGAGUGGAAGAAGCAAAAGAGGAUACGAAAGAAUAUGGGGUUGAAGAAGUAAAGGAGGAUAAAAAAGAUGGGGUGGAAGCAGUAAAUGAGGAUAAGAAACAAGAUAGGGUGGAAGAAGUAGAAGAGGAUAAGGAAGUUGAUGGUGUGAAAGAAGUCAUAGAGGAUAAGGAAGUUGAUGAUGUGAAAGAAGUCAAGGAGGAUAAGGAAAUUGAUGGUGUGAAAGAAGUAGUAGAAGAUAAAAAAGGUGAUGAGUUGAAAGAAAUAGAAGAGGAUAAGAAAGAUGAUCAUAUAUCUGAGACUGAUAAAAUGGAUGAAGACACCAAGGUUAAGGAAACAAUUAAAGGUAAACAAGAAAAUGAAAAAGUGCAAGCUGAGAAACCAGAAGUAGAUGCUAUGGAAGUAGAGGGUGGCAUUCAGGAGGAGGAGAGCGAUGAAAAGGAGAAAAAAGACGUGGCGAUGGAGGAGGAUGAAGAUGAGGAUAAGGAUAAUAUUGAUAAGUCAAAAGAAGAAGAGAAGGCAGAAGAUAGUAAGGGUAAGAAAGGAUCAAAAAAACGUGGGAUAGGGAAGAUCGAUGGGGAGAAAGUGAAAGAAAAAAGAAAGGAACCAAAGAAAACAGAGCCAAGGACUCCUACUAUUGAACGCCCUGUGCGGGAAAGGAAGUCAGUGGAGAGGUUGGUAGCAUCAAUUGAUAAAGAUGCAACCAAAGAAUUUCUCAUUGAAAAGGGUCGUGGUACACCUUUAAAAAAUAUACCAAAUGUGGCAUUUAAGUUAUCUAGAAGGAAGACUGAAGAUACGUUCAAAUUGCUCCAUACAAUUCUCUUUGGAAGGAGAGGAAAGGCAGUUGAGAUCAAGAGUAAUAUAUCAAGGUUUUCUGGUUUCGUGUGGCGUGACAAUGAGGAAAAGCAAAGGAUUAAAGUAAAAGAAAAACUUGACAAGUGUAAUAAAGAGAAGUUACUGGAAUUCUGUGAUGUGCUUGACAUAACAAUUAACAAGGCAACAUCAAGGAAGGAAGAUAUUAUUGCUAAGCUUAUAGAUUUUUUAGUUGCCCCUCAUGCAACCACAACUGUGUUACUUGCGGAAAAAGACAAGCCCAGUAAGGGAACAAAGCGCAAGCGUGUUGUAAAACGGGGUUCAUCAAGAUCUGCGACAACUUCAAGACGUUCUGUGAAGAGUCAGAAGAAAAAUGAAGAUUCUUCAGUAGUGCGGAGAAAGAGUACAAGUGACGCAGAAGAUGAGUCAGAGGAAGAAGAGAGAGAUGAAGAAAAUGAGGAGGAAAAUGAAAAUGGUGUUCCUAACAAAUCUGAGGAUGAAACACCAGAGAAAUCUGAAAGUGAAGACAAAAGUGAUUCUGGGAGUGAAUCUGAAGAUACAAAAGAAAAGAAAAAACCUUCUAAAACAUCAUCCACUAAGAAAGAAUCUGCUAAGAAAAGUAAAAUUGAGAAAAUUACAGUUGCAACUAAAACUCGAUCACCACAUAAAAGAACACCUAAGAAAGCAUCAUUCAACCUCUCAAAGUCUGAUGAUGACAGUGAUGAAAGUCCAAAUCCAAAGGUCUUUUCAAGGAAGAAGAAAAAUGAGAAAGGAGGAAAGCAUAAGACUGAUGAUGAUAGUGAUGAAAGUCCAAAUCCAAAGGUAUUUUCAAGGAAGAAGAAAAAUGAGAAAGGAGGAAAGCAGAAGAUUGAUGAUGAUAGUGAUGAAAGUCCAAAUCCAAAGGUCUUUUCAAGGAAGAAAAAUGAGAAAGGAGGAAAGCAGAAGAGGUCAACACCAACAAAGUCUACAUCCAAAGAGAAAACUGCAGAAAAAGUCACUAAAGGAAAAGGCAAGAAGAAAGAGAAGUCAAGCCCUAGUGAUAAUCAGUUACGUGAUGCGAUAUGUAAAAUUCUUAAAGAAGUUGACUUCAAUACGGCAACAUUUACUGACAUUCUGAAGCAACUUGCUAAGCAAUUUGAUAUGGAUCUCACUCCUAAAAAGGCAUCUAUAAAGCUGAUGAUUCAGGAAGAACUGACAAAACUAGCUGAUGAAGCAGAUGACGAGGAGGACGGAGAAGAGGAUGCUGAGAAAGAUGAAGCCCCAUCUACAGGCCAGGAGGUUAAAGCCUGAUUGAGGAGUAGACCUGACUGCUUAGCAAUGCAUACUAUAACCCUUGUUAUGCAUGCUUCAUCUGUACACUUUGUUGGGUGGAAGUGGCUGUAACUUAUUCUUAGCAUCCAUCCAAUCUGAAGAAACUUGUAUUUUGUCAAUUUAAGCUUUUGGUGGGCUGCCAGUGUGCAGCUUUUUGUUUACAUACACCUCAACAAAAUCUGUAGGGUUUUAUACUGUUCGUGAAUAGUGCUGACCACAUCUACAGCUGUUUCAACAAUCUGUCUAGUUAAAUAAAUAUUUUACCUUUGUAGUUGUCUCCUUUCUGUGCAUGUUGAGUUUUUGAU